UGGGGUUCCCGCCGGCCAAGCUGUGACCUGACCUCUAUAAAUUUGCUUUUCCUUCCUUAAACCCUAGACCUAACUCUAGCCGCCGGAGAAAUGGAACCCGUCGUCAAAUCCAAGGCCUCCAACGGCGUCUCGCCCGGCGGCAACUCCAACCUCGUCCUCAUCCUCGACUACGGCUCCCAGUACACCCACCUCAUCACCCGCCGGAUCCGGCAGCUUUCCGUCCUCUCCCUCUGCGUCUCCGGAACCAACUCUCUCGACUCCAUCGCUAAGCUCAACCCUCGCGUCGUAAUCCUCUCCGGCGGACCCCAUUCCGUUCACGCUCCCGGUGCGCCCUCGUUCCCCGACGGCUUCCUCGAGUACGCAGAGGAGAACGGCGUCUUCGUUCUCGGCAUCUGCUACGGGAUGCAGCUAAUCGUGCAGAAGCUGGGGGGAGUCGUCGACGUCGGGGAGAAGCAGGAAUAUGGGAAGAUGGAGAUCGCCGUGGAGGGUGAGUGGGGGCUUUAUGGGGCGGAGGCCGCUGGCGGGCAUCAGGUAGUGUGGAUGAGCCACGGAGAUGAGGCGGUGAAGUUGCCUGAGGGUUUCACGGUGGUCGCCAGGAGUCUGCAGGGAUCAGUAGCCGCCAUUGAGAACAGAUCAAGAAGGCUCUAUGGUCUCCAGUACCAUCCGGAGGUCACACAUUCUCCUCGAGGAAUGGAGACACUCCGACAUUUUCUCUUGGACGUUUGUGGGAUAUCUGCAGAUUGGAAGAUGCAAGAUGUACUCGAAGAAGAAGUUAAGGUUAUCAAGGGUAUGGUAGGACCUGAUGAGCAUGUGAUCUGUGCACUAUCUGGAGGAGUUGAUUCCACUGUUGCUGCUACUCUUGUUCACAAGGCAAUUGGAGAUAGGCUUCAUUGUGUUUUUGUUGACAAUGGCUUAUUGAGGUACAAGGAAAGGGAAAGAGUCAUGUCAACCUUUGAAAGCGAGUUGCAUUUGCCAGUUACUUGUGUAGAUGCUUCUGAGCAGUUUCUGAAUAAGCUAAAAGGUGUUAAAGACCCUGAGAUGAAGAGAAAAAUUAUCGGUCACGAGUUCAUAUGCAUUUUUGAUCAAUUUGCUACAGAACUAGAGAAAAUAUUGGGGAACAAACCUACUUUUUUGGUCCAGGGGACUCUCUAUCCGGAUGUAAUUGAGUCUUGUCCACCUCCUGGAAGUGGAAUGACUCACUCUCACACAAUCAAGAGCCAUCACAAUGUUGGCGGGCUUCCGAAGGACAUGAAGCUAAAGCUUAUUGAACCUCUAAAGUUUUUGUUUAAAGAUGAGGUACGAAAACUUGGAUGCAUUUUGAAUGUUCCUGAAUCAUUUCUAAAGAGACACCCAUUCCCUGGACCGGGCCUCGCUGUCCGCGUGCUUGGUGAUGUAACUGAAGGAAAUGCUUUGGAGAUUCUUCGGCAGGUGGAUGAGAUUUUUAUCCAGGCAAUCAAAGAAGCUGGCCUCUAUGAUUCCAUCUGGCAAGCUUUUGCUGUUUUUCUCCCAGUGCAGUCAGUGGGUGUUCAAGGAGAUCAAAGGACACAUUCUCAUGUUGUCGCUCUUCGGGCAAUUACUAGUGAGGACGGAAUGACUGCAGACUGGUAUUACUUCGAUCAUAAAUUCCUGAUCGACGUGGUUCGAAAGAUAUGCAACAAUGUCCGGGGUGUCAAUCGAGUGUGUCAGGACAUAACAUCGAAACCACCUGCAACUGUGGAAUGGGAAUGAGUUGGUACGCUGAUGAAGAUCAUCGACCUGUUCGUUAUUCUGCUGCAAUGUUUCCAACCGUAAGGUACACACACACACUGCCUGUAUUAGCGUUAUUUGUGAUGAGUGCAUUUGAUCAAACUCUAGAAAUGAUAUAUAUAUUUAUCUAUUGAAUUAGUAAAGGCUUUAUAUUUUGUGCUGUGUUCAAAGGAUUAGUGUAACCAAGUUUAGGACGAUUUCUAAAUGUUGCCUCGAUUGCAAUAUUCAUU